GGAGAUUGGUGAGAGCGUGCGGGGUGAAGAUGUUUACAUUGUACAGAGUGGUUGCGGAGAAAUCAAUGAUAAUUUGAUGGAGUUACUCAUCAUGAUUAAUGCCUGCAAAAUUGCCUCGGCCUGCCGUGUCACUGCAGUCAUACCCUGCUUUCCUUAUGCCAGGCAAGACAAGAAGGACAAGAGUCGAGCUCCUAUUUCAGCAAAAUUGGUUGCUAACAUGCUGUCUGUGGCUGGGGCAGAUCACAUUAUCACCAUGGAUCUGCAUGCAUCUCAAAUACAGGGUUUCUUUGAUAUCCCAGUAGAUAACUUGUAUGCUGAACCAGCAGUACUAAAGUGGAUUAAGGAGAAUAUUCCAGAAUGGAAAAAUGGCAUCAUAGUGUCUCCAGACGCUGGCGGAGCCAAAAGAGUUACAUCUAUUGCUGAUCGGCUGAAUGUAGAUUUCGCACUGAUUCAUAAAGAGCGUAAAAAAGCCAAUGAAGUUGACCGAAUGGUUCUGGUUGGUGAUGUGAAGGACCGCGUAGCAAUCCUUGUUGAUGAUAUGGCCGAUACUUGUGGUACAAUUUGCCAUGCUGCAGACAAGCUACUUUCUGCUGGAGCAACCAAAGUCUAUGCAAUCCUCACACACGGAAUCUUCUCUGGUCCUGCUAUCUCCCGUAUCAACAAUGCCUGUUUUGAAGCAGUGGUGGUCACCAACACAAUACCUCAAGAGGAUAAGAUGAAACAUUGUCCCAAAAUACAGGUUAUUGAUAUCUCCAUGAUCCUUGCUGAAGCAAUUCGAAGAACUCACAAUGGAGAAUCUGUCUCUUAUCUGUUCAGCCAUGUUCCAUUGUAAUAUCUGUGCACUGCUGUUGCAGUACAUGCUAUUUUACCAAAUUUGUUUUUUUUCCCCACUAGUCCUUCUGUUGCACCUGCCAAACCAAAAAGUUAAAAAGUAUUCUUUGCUUCUGCUUCACAUUGUGGUACACUUCUAUCUGAACUGAAAUUGAGUAGACAUUUCAGUAUGUUAGAUGUUUCCAAUUAAAAGCAGCAGCUAUAAUUGGGUUUAAUAUGUGUGAAACUUAACAAAUUUUUUGAUAUAUAGGGCUAUAUAUAUCUGGUAUUUACCUUUAAAAAAAAAAGCCUAAUUUUUUUUCCAUAUUCUGUGUUGCAAUAUUGAUUGCUACAUGUCUGCCACAGUGUAAGCUUGCCACUGUUUUACUUGGAGCAGGUUGUUACUAGGUGCUUACAAAUAUUUUGGCAAAACUGGAAUAGAGCUGGUGUGUUAGGGAAAAAUUAAUGUAUUAAAUCAUUUUUAUUCCCUGCUUUUUCAUGUUGUAAAAUUUGUUUCUAUCAUUGCAACAGUACAUUUAAUCAAGUUCUGUAUAUUUUCCACCUGAAACAGCUCAACUGUAUACUGAUAGAGAAAGAACAGAUUAUUUUUGUCUUGGUUUUAUGCUGUUUUAUGCCUUACUAACUGUACAGUAAUUUAAUAGUUAUGAAUAAUUCCACUAAUGCAUGGUACCAGUAUGUUCCUUCUGAGUUGUACUUGGUUUGGAUUGAGCUCUUUUCAGUCAGCAAGAUGAUGAUUCAGCUGACUUUCCAAGAAACUUUAAAUUAAUUGGAACCUUACUGAAUAUAACUUUUUGAGGCAGUAUAUCUGCCCUUAAACCUGGAUCUAAAACAGUUUCAUUUAAAACCAAAUGAACUUUUUUCUUAUGGGAAAUGAGUAGAGAAUUGUACUUUAUUUCCAUCAAAUUCAAAUAACCUGGAUAAACCAAUACAGAUUUAAUCAGUGUUGCAAUUUGAUUUAUUUGACAUAUUUCUUAUUCUGCAUACACAUAUAUGAGCCAUAUAUUUAAGAACAACAGUUGUGACCUCAUGUAGUUGAGUUGCAACUCUUGAGUAGUUUUGUUCUCACUCUUGUGGGUGGAUAGAAAGACACUAAAUCUGUCCAAUUGCUUGCACAUAAUCCAGAAGAGUAGUAAAUUGAUUUUGCCCCUAGUUUGAUGGUUAACUAUAAUGCUGGUGUAUAUUUUUAGUAGUAAUGUAACUUGGAAGAACUCAUUUGAGUGAAAUCUUGUUGAGAAUAUCUUGGAAAUUUUUUUUAAAGGAGACUUGAAAAGUCAUUUCUUAAGAUGGACAUGUGCAGAAUUUUGAAGACUGCAACUGUGGUAAUUAUUCUGCAACUCCCCUUGCAAAGUUAGAAACCUGAGGAGAUUAUGUCAUCCUGAAAUGAACAGCUUUUUCCUUAAUCUCUAAAUAUAGUGGAAAUCUAUAGGUAUUGAAGCUGUAGAAUGAACUUAACUUAGGUUUCCAGGUGUCUUUGCUCAAAAAGGCCAGGCUUAAUCAGUACAUUGAAGCUUUAUAAAAAGAAUUCACAGACAUUGUCUCUGUUGGAAUGCUGGUUCUGUUCUGGAUGUUGCUGUUUGUUCAACAGCAUCAAAUGACAUAAGGUUGUAGAUGCUAUUUCGUAAAUGUUGCAUGAUUGAAAAUGUUUUUUGGGAGUGUUAAAAUGCUGGCUUGCACGCAUGGGGACUAGCUUCCAACCAAGGAUAUAAACAUUUUCAUUUACCUACUGCUUGACUGUAAUGUGAAAUGAGACUCCUUUAAGCCACUUCUCAGUUGCCCAGAGCAUACACAACGGGAUUAUUUUAGCCAGUUGGCACUCAGGCAGGUCAUGGGGAAAACGUGGGAAGUCUCAGCUUUGUCCACGUGCAAAUUUAUGUUGUGACGUUGUGGAGUUGGGAUUGCUAAAUAAAAUUCUACAAAAAUUGCAUUUCCAGAACUUGGUGAAACUUCUGUUUACUGUUUUAGAUGAAAUUGCACAUCAUUCCCCUACUGUGAAUAUGAGCAAGAAAUUGAAAUAUUUUCUAUAUUUGUGCACACAGGGUUCACAUUCAUUGUUUAUGUACUCAUUUAUUAAAACAACAUUUGAAUCACAGGGAGGGAUAGGGAAGGGUUGUCCUGUGCAUAAUUCAAUAUUCUGGAUGAUAUUGUUGCUCAUUCUGGGCUUUGCUCCCAAUUGACCCCAGUGUUUUGUAUGUUUUGGACUAGCUAAUGCUAUUCUGAACUGUCUGUCUGGAGUGAGCAGUGGUAAUUCAUGGAAAAUCUGAUUUAGUGCCGUAUAGAGCUACAUUAUCUCACAUGAGCGAAAUGUAGCUUUUGGGUUCUUUGGUUAAACAUUGGAUUGGAGUUGCCGUAUAUACACAUACAAUUCAAACAUAUGUCAUGAUCUGAGCAUAAAAAUGAAUUUUUUUAAGGCUAUCUUGAUAAAUUUGGUGUUGAACCCUGUACAGUUAUAUUGGGACAAUUUUUACAAAUUCAAGUCUGCAAUUGUUACUCCAUUUUUAGCUUGUUUUCUACAAUAUGGAGAAAAGCUGAAGAGCUUAUGUUUGUUCAAUCAUGUGCUACAAUAAAUGUGUGAUGUUC